GAAUUAUGAUUUGUGGCUGCCGCUGCUAACAUGCCUAGGUGUCAGCGCUGCAACGCUUGCCGGGCUCGACCCAUGGACCGCAGCUUACGCGCAAGCAUCCGCACUCGUCUCGCAGAUGACUCUGGAGGAGAUGAACAACGUCACGCUCGGUUAUAGCGGAGCGAGCGCAUGUUCUGGCACAUCUGGUAGCGUUCCUCGAGUCGGCUUCCCUGGGUUGUGCCUUCAGGAUGCUGGUAACGGCGUGCGUGGCGUGGAUGGCGUCAGCUCGUUCGCUUCCGGCGUUCACCUCGGUGCGAGCUGGAACACUGAGCUGGCAUACUUGCGCGGGAAGUAUAUGGGUGCUGAAUUUCGCGCUAAAGGUGUAGAUGUGGCCCUGGGACCAGUCGUGGGUCCUCUUGGGCGGAUUGCGACAGGUGGCCGUAACUGGUAAGUCUCCACGUUUAAGUUGCAGGUCUCAUCAGUACAGAAUGCGGAGUCCGAAAGCGUUGGAUGUUAAAUCAUUGCAGGGAAGGCAAUGCUGCAGACCCAUACCUCACAGGUGCACUCGUUGCACCCACAGUGCAAGGAAUGCAAGAGUCAGUCAUUGCGUGCACGAAGCAUUAUAUCCUCAACGAACAGGAGACAAACCGCUAUAUCGCUUUCGCAAACCCAUCGGCCGCAACAUUGAGUUCCAAUGCUGACGAUAAAACUAUCCACGAAGUCUACCUCUGGCCGUUUCACGAAGCCGUCAACGCCGGCACUGGGUCGAUCAUGUGUUCGUACAAUCGUCUCAACAGUACAUACGCCUGCCAGGAUGACCGAACCCUGAACCAACUUCUAAAGGGCGAGGUGGGCUUCCGCGGGUUCGUAGUCUCGGAUUGGGGCGCGCAGACGUCCGGACUUGCGUCUGCAAUCGGCGGGCUGGACAUGGCUAUGCCGACUUCCAGAUAUUGGAUCAACAAUACGCUUGCGAUUGCCGCACGUAAUGGCUCAUUCAGCCAGGCUCGUCUGCAAGACAUGGCAACCCGUAUCAUCGCGGCGUGGUAUGCGGCAGGCGACAAUACACCUUCAGAGCCGAUGAUGGGAGUUGGAAUGAUCACCAAUCUGACGAGACCGCAUACGAAUUGCGAUGUGCGCGAUCCGGCGUCUGCGCCGAGCAUACUACAACAAGCUCAGGAGGGUCAUGUGUUGGUUAAGAACGUCAACAACGCUCUACCACUCAAAAGGCCAAAAGUGAUCUCUUUAUUCGGCUAUGACGCCCUUCCGCAAGCUCUUUUCACCACAGACUCAGUGUCGACACCUAUCGGCGCGAACGACCUGUUCCAGCUUAACCUCGCGAACCUGCCGAACGGCACGGCGUUUGUGCAAGGCUUCUUCAACGGCGUGCCCUUCUUGCCAUACAUCAACGGCACGCUCAUCACGGGCGGUGGCAGCGGCAGUAACACACCUCCCUACACUAGCACGGUAAGUCUUUCCUCCACCCGUUACUGGACCGUGGAUGGAGCGGCUGAUUACGGUGAUCCGCACAGCCAUAUGACGCCUUCACCAGCCGAGCGAUCGAGGAGGGGACACAGCUCUUUUGGGAUUUCCGAAGCCAGAACCCAGGUGUCGUCGGCUCCAGUGACGCCUGUCUCGUCUUCCUCAACGCCUUUGCGAGCGAAGGUUGGGAUCGCUCGGGCCUGACUGAUUCGUAUAGCGACGCUCUUGUCACGAAUGUGGCGAACAAGUGCAACAACACUAUGGUGUUUAUCCACAAUGCUGGCAUUCGACUGGUAGAUUCGUGGAUCGACCACCCGAAUGUAACGGCGGUCAUGUUCGCUCAUCUGCCUGGUCAAGAUGCUGGAAGAGCGCUCACAUCGCUAGUAUACGGUGAUGUGUCGCCAUCAGGAAGAUUGCCGUAUACGGUUGCGAGGACAGAGGCCGAUUAUGGUACCCUUCUCGGUCCCUGUACGGCGAACAUCUCUGUUAAUCUCGAUCCGCAAUGUAAGCUACCGACCAACCUCUGCAGACCACUACGCCUAUAGCAGACGCAGACCGCUGACAACAGCAAUCUGCAGGUAACUUUACCGAAGGCGUUAACAUCGACUACCGCUCCUUCCUAGCCCGCAACAUCACACCGCGGUUCGCCUUCGGC